AUGAAAAAAGGUGAAAUCACAACCCCGGUCGAUUGGGUAAUCCCAAUAACAUGCACCGGAGGUGCCUCUUAUACCGUGGAUCCACUUAAUGCUAAACCUGGAGAUAAAUUUGGCCUGGGAAAACACGUGAUUACUUACUCGAGCUCGCACACUAACCAUUAUGCUGGAAAAAAAGGAUAUCUCAAAUGUCGUGUCAAGUUCACUGUUGCCAGUAAGUGAUAAUAACUAAAUAUCUGAUAUUUGUUGUGUUGGUGUAGUGUACUCAGGUGAAUAAGAUGCUUGUGAUGUUACUCUGAGUGUGUAUCCACACCGGCAGGCUUGAAAAAUAUGCCUGGCCACGGUGGGAAUCGACCCUACGACAUUUGGAAUACUAGCUCAAUGCUCUGCCAACUAGCUAGUAUUCCAAAGGUCGUAGGUUCGAUUCCCACCGUGGCCAGGCAUAUUUUUCAAGCCUGCCCGGUGUGGAUACACACUCAGAGUAACAUCACAAGCAACUAAAUAUCUUUUACAACUUUUUAAUCAGUAUCUUGCAAUUCGCAUAGAGAUUAUAAAAAGGGAGCAAUGCGAGAUAGAUUCAAUCAAACGAAAGACAUAAAUUGACAUAGAGAUAAUGAAAGAAUACUGUGUGCAUUGCAGGAAAAUUUCAGGCAAACGAAAGGGACAAAUUGAAGUUUGCUAAUGGGGCAAAUUUGAGUUUAUGUACCCGGAAGUAAAACCAAUUAAGAAAAUCUAUUUUUCACCUUUUGACUACAAUUCAAGUAUUCAAUCCUGGUUUGAUCAAUAGUCCUGACUUGUUUUACAUUUAUUUAUGGCAAAAAUUUGAGAAAUUUCCGUUUUAUAUCGUUGAAAAUGAUAAAACAUUAGGACAGCUGAGGUCACGAAGGAAACACCACUCUUCAACAUCGACAUAAAGCUACUUUAAAACAUUCCUACCGUUCCAAGACUUGUUUUGUAUUAAAGACGUCCAGGUAUUUUUGCUGAAUUUCCUUGCUUAAGCUAUGCAAGCAUGUUUUCAAAGUUGUAUUAUUUUCGUAAUUUCUCACUAAAUUCGGGCGUUUUUGUUCAUUUAGGACUACUGAAAGCUUCGUUAAUAUUUAUUUUGUUGUCGCUAAGAUUGUCACGGCAGUAUUGCUAUUGGAAGAUUUCAAUGUAGCCAAUUGGCGUGCGACCAUACAUCCGGGACUUGCAAUCGCUGGGGAUCCACUGUAAAUUACAAGGAGUGUAAUCAACUGCAAAAGCGUUAUUCUGCCAUUGUUUUUUAUCGUUUUUGGUGACAGAAGAAAACUUUUUGAGUUAAUUCAACCCCUUGGAGUGCACUAUUAAAGUGCAAUGUGUUACAUGCAGUGCACUACUAAAGAUGCAACAUAGGCACUUCUGCAGCUGGCCUAAAAACUAUUUGCGUAACAAUAUCUGGAGGGCAAGAAAAACACUGAGCUUUGUCUUACCCCUCUGUUCAAAAAUCCUACAGCUUUUGAUGUUUUCCAGUCACUUAUUGUUCUCGAAACUUUUUAGCUAAUUAACUGCAAAGAGCCUAUUUGUUCCUCACGGAAUUCCCACUCCAACCUCUAUGGCCAUUCAUGCGAUUUGGUGUGUGAUAGUUGUUUUAAUUUCUUCAUUUAGUCUGUGAAUGUCCCAGUAUCCAAACAGUACGAGCGAAAAAUUUACCCGGUGCGGACAAAAAAUCUUAUGUCAGUUGGACCGAACCUAAACCCAAUUGCACCGCCCAGCCAAGCCCGAGCAAUCCUAGUAUGCCCAGUGGACGUUUUUCUGCUGGUAAAAGUAUAGUCACAUACAAGUACAGAGUGGCACACAAGUUUGAUUUAAAAUGUCAUGUCAAGAUUAUUGUCCCAGGUGAGUCCGGUUCACUUUGAGAAAAGCUUCAAAAUAUUUAAUAGCGAACUUUUUCUUAGCUUCGCAACCUCCUCCAUGCGCGCGGUAAUAAUUUCAUCCGUGUUUGUAUCUGUGUGUCUGAUUAUCAAGCGGAGCACGGGAGGGGGCGACUAGAGGGGGAGGGGGUUAUAACCAGCCCGGAAGUAAUAGUGGAGGCCGAAGUCCACCAAAACGAUCAGAGUAAAGGCUGAUUUCCACUGUUGCGUUUUUCAUACGUACGUAUACGCACGUAAAACUACAUAUAACAUUUAAAACACUACAAUAACAUUUAAAUCCGUUUAAAUGUUACUUAUGAAAUAAGCAAAUAAAUAAAGCAACUGAAUUUAGUGUUCCGCAAGUUUUAGUAUGCAUUUGUUAACUUAUUUGUAAAAUAUUUAAAAAAUAGAUGGAUUCAAAGUUUUUACGUGCGUGUACGUGCGUACGAAAAACGCGACAGUGGAAAUCAGCCUUAAGACAGAAACGCGAAGAUUCUUGUUUGCUGCCCAAAAGGCAAAUACCUUCCUACUGCCUUUACAGUGGAUCGUGUUUUGUGGGCCGUGUUUGCACUCAGCCAGAAAGUGCGUUAGUCAACUUAGCUGAAAAUUAGUCUUCUCUCGAAUAAAACCUGUUCCUACGGCACUACUGAUUAUACCGUAGGUCACACCGCUCAAUGUCUCACGAUGUAUUACCUGCAUUUUAGGGGAAUUUUGCGAUGAUACGGAUUACGACCCUGCCACUCAUGUUUGCUGUUGUGGUAAGAUUUAUAGCAAGAAAGAUAGCAAGCAUAGGUGCUGUGGCCAGAAAUACAUUAAUCCCAGUAAGAAGAUGUGUUGUCAAGGCAACAAACCCGUGCGCCUUCCCGGACCAUGUCCAUGA